CUCAGCCGCCUCCACCCCACUUCCACUCUUCUUCUUUAUUACUCAUAUAAAUCAAUCAAUCAAUUCUCUAAAAUUAUUUCCGAUCCCCCGAAGGAAAAAAGGAACAACAAUGUGUAGGUCUACGGAUUAUUACGACUUCCGGUGCGCCGAUCAAAACCUUUUAAAGAUCAAAGCUUUCUUCAUCCGAAUAUCGGGUUUCGAUUCCUUUUCAAAUUCCCUCACUCUACUCUACCCACCAAGGAUCAACGAAUCGGCGCUUCAAAUUUCAGGGGCUGCUAUCCGCUCUGAUUCCUCCUCCUUCUUAGUUCUCCAUCGGAUGGUUAAUGUCAAGACAAGGAGCGGAGAGGCAAUAUACGGGAGCAGGGAGCGAGUUCAGGCCGGUGAUGGGGUCUGCUUCGAUGUUUACUCAGGAGAGGACAAGGUGUUGAAAGGGAUUUUUAGAAGAGAGGAGCAAAAGUGGAAGAUGGAGUGCAAGUGCGCGCUGGAGACAAGGGAUGGGAAAACGGUCGGCGCUGAGCGGGCGGUGGCGGAUGUUUGGGUGGCGGUGGAGGGAGACAAGGCGAUGGGAGAGAGGGUGAGGGUGAUUGCGAGGAAGAAUAGGAGGGUGGGUUUUGAUCAGCUGGAGGAUAUUCCAGAGGAGAGUGAAGUGAGCGGUGAAUGUAGUUGCAGUUGUGUGGAAUCAGACGGUGGCGAUAUGGAAGGAAGGAGCGACGGAGAUUGUGAAGGGAUACAAGAUAUGUGUACGGCGGGGGAGGGAGUGAGCUGGGCCUUUGAUGUGGGCAUUUGGGUGAUGUGCUUGGGUGUUGGAUACUUGUUAUCCGGAGCCUCCGCCAAAAGUUUGAGACGUAUGAGAAUACUAUGACACUGUAAAUUGUAAACCACAGAGGCACAAAACAGGCUCUCUGCCAAACUUUGGCCGUUCAUUAAUCUAAAUUUUGGAAUUUAGAAUGAUUAA